AUAUAAAAUAUUUCCGUAUCCUGCAAUUCAAUUUAGCAAAACUUGUACACCAAAAAAAUAAUAUCUCAGUUUACACUUUAAAAUGAUUUAGCUAAAGCUAUAGCUGUAGAACCAGAACAAAAAUGUCUCUGCUGAAAUCCUUGGCGUUGAGUCCUGGAGAAGCCACCAUUGCCAUGCUUCACUCUUCUUCCUCUUGGGUUUUUUUGCAGAGGAGUUGUUCAUCAUCGUCUAGAAAUAUUACUGCAGUGAAAUUGAUGUAUUUGAAUAGGCGGAAUUCUUCUUCGGUUAAAGUUUUCUCGUUUUUGAAUACUACAAGAUGUUAUAGUACAUAUUCUGUUGAUGAAUUUGGUUCUUCUUCGAAGAGGAGAUCUCGUGGACCUGUAAUGGCGGCUAAAAAAGCGUCUGAUGGGGAAAAACAAGAAGGUAAGUACAAGCAUACAGUGAAUUUACCAAAGACAACCUUUAGUAUGAGAGCAAACGCUUUGACUAGAGAGCCCGAGAUUCAAAAAUUAUGGAAUGAUAACCAGGUUUUCAAGAGAGUGGUUGAUAAGAACGAUAGAGGAAGUUUCAUUUUGCAUGAUGGUCCUCCUUAUGCUAAUGGUGAUCUACACAUUGGUCAUGCCAUGAAUAAAAUCUUGAAGGAUAUAAUUAACCGUUAUAAGAUUCUUGAAAAUUAUAAGGUCUAUUUUGUGCCUGGUUGGGAUUGUCAUGGCCUGCCAAUUGAGUUGAAAGUUCUGCAAUCAUUGGAUCAGGAUGCCAGAAAGGAUCUGACACCAUCAAAAUUACGAACAAAGGCAGCCAAAUUUGCUAAAGCAACUGUCAAAACUCAGAUGGAAUCAUUUAAGCGCUAUGGAGUUUGGGCAGACUGGGAUAACCCUUAUCUAACUCUGGAUCCAGAAUAUGAAGCAGCCCAGAUUGAAGUGUUUGGCCAGAUGGCCCUUCAAGGAUACAUCUAUAGGGGCAGGAAACCAGUUCACUGGAGUCCUUCAUCUCGUACCGCUCUUGCAGAGGCUGAGUUGGAGUAUCCUGAGGGACAUGUUUCAAAAAGCAUAUAUGCCAUAUUCAAAAUAGUAAGCGUGCCUCCUACUUCGGGUUCAUUAUUAGAGGAAUUCUUUCCAGAUUUGUGUCUGGCAAUAUGGACGACAACUCCCUGGACUGUUCCGGCUAAUGCGGCUGUUGCGGUCAAUGCCAAGCUCCAGUAUGCUGUCGUUGAAGUGCAACCCUUGGAGAAUGCCUCUACGUCCUCUGAAAAUAAAAAAAGACGCUUUGGCAAUGUAUUGAGGGAGCCAAAACAGCCUUUUCUUGUUGUAGCAUCUGAACUGGUGCCAGUUCUAGAGGCAAAAUGGAAUGUGAAGCUUGUGAUAAAGAAAACCGUGUCCGGAUCAGCUCUUGAAAAUUGCCGGUAUACUCAUCCAAUAGAUAACAGAGAAUGCCCAGUUGUCAUUGGAGGAGAUUAUAUUACAACAGAAUCAGGAACUGGACUGGUACAUACUGCUCCUGGUCAUGGUCAGGAGGAUUAUGUAACUGGAAUGAAAUAUGGACUGCCUGUAUUUUCCCCUGUUGAUGAUGAUGGAAAGUUCACUGAAGAAGCUGCACAGUUUAGUGGGCUUGAUGUACUUGGGGAUGGUAACAUAGCUGUAGUGAAGUACCUGGAUGAACAAAUGUCUAUUAUUAUGGAAGAAUCAUAUGAGCACAAAUAUCCAUAUGAUUGGCGAACUAAAAAACCUACUAUAUUCAGGGCCACUGAGCAAUGGUUUGCAUCAGUAGAAGGAUUUCGUCAGGCUGCCAUGGAUGCAAUUGGCCGCGUAAAAUGGGUUCCACCUCAGGCAGAAAAAAGAAUUUCUACAAUGACUUCUAGCCGGUCGGACUGGUGCAUAUCAAGGCAAAGGACAUGGGGUGUCCCUAUUCCAGUCUUUUAUCAUGUGGAGACAAAGGAACCCCUUAUGAAUGCAGAUACCAUUGAUCAUGUCAAGACUAUAGUAGCCCAGAAAGGCAGUGACGCAUGGUGGUACAUGACAGUGGAGAAUCUACUCCCAGACAAGUACCGUGAUAGAGCAUCUGAGUUUGAAAAGGGCACAGAUACGAUGGAUGUCUGGUUUGAUUCAGGUUCUUCAUGGGCUGCUGUGCUGGGAAGAAGAAAUGGCCUUAGUUAUCCUGCAGAUCUAUAUCUUGAAGGUUCAGAUCAGCACCGAGGGUGGUUCCAGAGCUCUUUAUUGACAAGUAUAGCAACUAAAGGAAAGGCCCCAUAUUCCAGUGUCAUAACUCAUGGAUUUGUGUUAGAUGAGAAGGGUUUCAAGAUGAGCAAAUCCUUGGGUAAUGUUGUAGAUCCACGCACCAUUAUUGAAGGGGGGAAAAGUACUGGGGGAGCACCAGCCUAUGGGGCUGAUGUCCUUCGACUUUGGGUUUCUAGCGUGGAUUAUACUGGUGAUGUCAUGAUUGGUCCUCAAAUUCUUCGGCAAAUGUCUGAUAUUUACAGGAAGAUGCGAGGAACAUUGAGAUAUCUUUUGGGAAAUCUACACGAUUGGAAUGCUAAUGAUGCAGUUCCAUAUGAUGAUCUCCCCAUGAUUGAUAAGCAUGCAUUAUAUCAGCUGGAAAAUGUUGUAAAGAAUAUAAGAGAGGGCUAUGAGAAUUAUCAAUUUUUCAAAAUAUUCCAGAUCAUACAACGGUUUGUCAUAGUUGACCUAUCAAAUUUCUACUUUGAUGUUGCUAAAGAUAGACUCUAUGUUGGGGGUAUGACAAGUUUUACAAGAAAAAGUUGUCAAACAGUUCUUGCGGCACAUCUCCUUUGCAUUGUGAGGGUUGUUGCUCCAAUAUUGCCUCAUCUGGCUGAGGAUGUUUGGCAGAAUCUUCCUUUUCCGUAUCUGGUUGAAGAUGGUUCUGUUGCAAAAUUUGUUUUUGAACUAAAGUGGCCUGCUUUGAAUGAAAAAUGGCUUUCUUUUCCUGCUGAAGAAAUUGAUUUCUGGGGAAGAAUUCUUGAGCUGAGAACCGAGGUUAAUAAAGUUCUGGAAGCUGCUCGUACGGGGAAGUUAAUUGGUUCUAGUUUAGAAGCUAAGGUAUACCUGCAUACAUCUGAUGCAAAAUUGGCUUCAAAAUUCCAUGGAAUCUGCGCAGCAAGCAAUGAUGCAGAUCCACUACAUCGCAUAUUCAUCACAUCUCAGGUGGAAGUUCUUGAACUUUUUGAUAAGCAGCUGAUUGAAACUAUACCAUACACCGGAGAGUUUCUCAUCGAGGGAGAUAAUAAAGUUUGGAUUGGGGUGUCACGGGCAGAUGGACUAAAAUGCGAGAGAUGCUGGAAUUACACGCCUAAUGUUGGUUCUUUCGCCGAACACCCAACACUUUGCAGCCGUUGUCAUAAUGUAGUUGCUGUUCAGACAGAACCCGCUCUAGCAGCCAGCCAUUAGUCGAUACAUAAAAGUACCAGAGCGUAAACCAUACAAGUGCAGUUGCCGGCAAAACACUGAAAUGCAGCUACCAUAAUUUUAUUGGCUGAUUCUUUUAACAGUUUUUAAUACUUUACAGAAUCACAUCUGAAGUCUCAAGCUUGGCUGUUAAGGUAGAAAGUUGACCGUGGAUUUCAUUUAAGAGCACUAUCAAGCCCUACAUUACCACCGGAGAAGGGGAAGAAUUAUAGUCCAGAAGACUAUAAUUAUUUAUUGUAUUACACACUUUACUCAGAAUUCCUAGCUAGGCAUAGCAAGCAUUCAUGUAGCAAUUUGUUACUCCAGAAAAUAUCUUCAAAAUAAAAUUGUAAGAAAAACAAUUCUUGCCCCAUUAAAAAAAUAAAAUAUGAAAAAAAUAUGUACUCUUGUCA